AUGCCAGUAUUAGUCGUGGUUGUGCCAAGCGUUGGCGGUAUACUGGCGUACUACAGACCAGUUAUAAAUGCGAUCUUUGGCCAGCCAGUAUUAGUCGUCGGUGUGCCAAGCGUUGGCGGUAUACUGGCAUAUAACGGGCAACGAAUGAAUUACGAGCGUGGGCUAGCCAGGUUAGUCGAAGUUGUGCCAAUCGUUGGCGGUAUACUGGCGUACUACAGGAAAGUUGUAAAUGCGAGCUUUGGCCAGCCAGUAUUAGUCGUCGGUGUGCCAAGCGUUGGCGGUAUACUGGCAUAUAACUAG